AUGGCGGUGACACUGCUAGAGGAUUGGUGCAAGGGGAUGGACCUGGACCCCAGGAAGGCCCUGCUGGUGGUGGGCAUCCCCCUUGAGUGCAGUGAGGCGGAAAUAAAAGAGACGGUGAGGACAGGCUUGAAGCCCCUGUGCACAUACAGGGUGCUGGGCAGGAUGUUCAGACGGGAAGACAACGCGAAGGCGGUCUUCAUCGAGUUGGCUGAUGCCGUUAAUUAUGCCACCAUACCUAGUCAGAUUUUGGGAAAGGGAGGCUUCUGGGAAGUGGUGGUAAAACCCCGCAACCCAGACGAUGCAUUUGUCAAUAGACUAAGCUUCUUCCUGAAAGAGGAGGGCCGCAGAAUGGCAGAUGUGGCCAGAGCCAUGGGGUAUAGCGCCUUCCCUACUGAGGACGAGGAGCCAGGGGUCUUGGCCCAAGUCAGAGCGCCCAUUUGGCAGCCUACGCGAGAAAGUUUGUGGUACCGCAAACUGAGAGUGUUUUCGGGCACUGCUUGCCCAGGCGAAGAGACCUUUGAGAGCUGGCUAGAGCAGGCUGCUGACACCAUGCAGAUGUGGCAGGUGUCUGAGUUAGAGAAGAGACGGCGCCUGCUGGAGAGCUUGCGCGGGCCCGCCCUGGCCAUCAUGCGUGUGCUCCGGGCCAAUGAUGACUCCAUAACUGUGGAGCAGUGCCUGGACGCCCUGAGGCUCAUCUUUGGGGACAAGGAGGAUAGUAGAACCUCCCAGUUUAGGUUCCUCCAGACCUAUCAGAAGGUCGGGGAGAAGGUCUCUGCUUUCUUGCUGCGCUUAGAGCCUGUACUGCAAAAGGCCUUGCAGCACAGCCCCCUGUCGGUGCACAGCACAGACACGAUUCGCCUGAAGCAUAUCCUAGCUCGAGCCACCAUGGCCAGCAGUCUCCGGAGCAAGCUAGAGAUCUUUGAUCAGCGAGCCUGUCCUCCCACUUUUCUGGAGCUAAUGAAACUCGUUCGAGAUGAGGAGGAGUGGGAGACCACUAUGUUGGUGUUGAAGGACAAGCAGGGAGGAAGGGGUCGGAGGGUCCCCAGCCGACAGGCCAGAGCCGAGGCCGGCGUCCCCGUGCCUCAGGUCUUUGUGCAGGCAGAACCCACUGGCGAGGUCAGCGUCCAGACCUUCCAGGAAGGCGUUCCCUACACGCUGAAGCGCAAGUGGCUGCCAUGCUACUACGGCGCCAGGGAGGAAGACCAUGGCCAGGCCAUGUGUCCUAAGGCUGACGAGCAAUCUCCAGCAGGGCAGGUGCAAGACAAUGCAGGAGAGGUGUCGGGAAACGCGGCAGGGGCUGGGGCCAUGAGCCACCCCGAGCCCUAG